AAUAAAAGGUACAACAUUUUCCCAGCAUUAGGCAUAAACUAAAAUACCACUGCAAAGUGGAGAGCAUUGUAUAACACAUACCUUCUGCAAUGGAAGUUACGACACCUGUGCUCGUCGGUCUUUUAAUCGGAAGCAUCGUCUUGGCUUUUGUUUUGUCUGCUUGCAGCGCUAAAGUGUUUGCGCGUGGGAAAAAGAAGACUAACACACCCGGAAGUGCAGAAUCGACAAGGAAAAGCCUGCACAAUCUUGAAAACGGUCAAUAUAUCUCACCCCCGCCACGCAGCAAUACCCAUCUACCUACAACAAGAUAUUUUAAUGGAAACACAGCGUCCAUCAUGGCCGCUCGACAAAAUCUACAACGAAUCCACUUCGUACCGGUCAAAACGGGUUACAUGCCUAAAGUAUGGCACCCAUCACAUAGGAGCCAAAUUGAGCGGACUUCUCCAGUAUCUACAAUAUCAGGCAACCAUACCUCUAUCUCCUCUCGUAUUGAUUUAUCCAGCAACGCAACUUCGAGAGGGUCUUUAUCGUCCCGUGAGUAUCCACCAAGUUGGAUGCCAAACAAUACAAAGAAUAUGCCACCAAGCGGCGUAAACUUUUACGCAAACGCUCCGCCAAUGCGCGGUAGAGAUGCGUGAUUACAGCGAUUUCAAUCUUUAUUAUUUGUAAAUCAUUAUCAAAAAUAAAUAUUCCAAACCAGUA